CUUUUGGAAGUGGAGAACGGAAAAUAAAUUACAAAAAUCGCCAGGUUGGAAGGAAGCUCAAGCGAGACGUGUACAAAAUAAAUCGAAUAGUGUUUUACAAACUAGCUUUACAUUUUGACCAGGAGAAUGCGGCGAGCACAUGCCGGGGAUGGCUCAUAUGGACAGUCACAAAUGAUAGAAGAGGAAAAUGACAGCUUAACAAACAGUUUGUCAGACAAAGUUAAAGCUCUAAAAUCAUUAACAAUAGACAUAGGGACAGAAGUCAGAGAGCAGAAUAAAUUCUUAAAUGACUUUGAUAACGAUAUGGAUAAUUCUAGUGGCAUAUUGGGUGCCACAAUGGGACGAUUGACUGCAAUGGCAAGAGCAGGACACAACAAGUUUAUUUGGUACCUGCUGCUCUUUUCACUCUUUGUUUUCUUUGUACUUUGGCUGAUUAUAAAAACAAGAUGACAACUGGGCAAUAAAAGCAGUAUUCAGCAAUAUAUUUAUAUAUGUAUUUUCUGGAAUUGUAACGAGAAAUGAGACAAGUUUAUUAAGGAACAUCACCAAACAGUACAUUCACUGUUUGGUGAUCACAAAGAAUGAAGUUUACCCUGGUGCUUAUUAUUUAUUUUGUAAUAGUUGAUAGUGACAUCUUGGUCAUCUGUUUUCUAAACAGGCAUUACAUCUUUAUGUCAUGUGGAAUUGUUUGUAUUAUGGAAUAAGAACUACUACUCAAUGUUUUUUAGAAUUUAUUUAUUUGUUUAACAACAACAAAAACCAAGGAAAAAGAAGAUAAUAGUGAUCAAAUGGUAAUUAAAAACAUCCCAAAUUUGUUUUAAUUGACCGUCUCAUCCUUCAGACUUUGAAAUUUAAACUGACUGUUGUGCAUUUCUGUUUGUUACAUACACAAUAUGCCAUAACCUUUGAGAUAAGACUCUCAAGUAAUAAAUCUGAGAGACAAGCUUAUAUUCACUUGUAUGCUAUUCCUAAUGCUAAUUUUAGAAUUAUAUAGCUGUCCUUAUUAUGUAAGAAUUACUUGAAAUAAAUAUUUUUCUAUUUAA